AGUUCUAGAAAGUACAAGAAAGAUAAGUUUAUUUUUCGCCGAAACAUAACCUAAAUCAAGUUAUAUUAUUACAAUGGCAAAUGUGUUUGGAUUAAUAGUGUCUGGCCGUUUGGUCCAAACAGACUUUACUCCAGUAUCCGACACGCAGUUCCUCAUCACAAUACCCGAGGCGGACUCCAUAAACUACCUAGUUGUGUUCCUCACCGGCAUGACUCCUCUGCCUGAAGGCGCCUGUGGCAUGGUCUACUGGAGCUGGCCGGACCCCUCGGCGCCCCCCAACUGGCAGCUGCUAGGACACAUAUCCAACUCCAAGCCGUCGGCAAUAUUUAAGAUUUCUAAUUUGAAGAAGUUGCAUGAACUCUCUAGUGAUAACCAGUUCGGCACGGCGUUCGGCGCGCCCAAGAUUUGCCACAACGCGCAGAUAGGUGUCGCCAUCGAGCCGGAAACCAAUGUGUCGCUGCUAGCUUCCUCUGUUGCACUCAGCACGCAGAACUCUUACGUAACCUUCGCCCAGAAGAUGCUCGAGAACCUGAUAAACUUCGUGGGCUCGUUCGCCGUGACCCAGGAGCAGAUGAGCCCCACCCCGGGCGUGUCGUACGUCCCGCUGAGCACGCUGCAGACCUGGUACCAGAACUUCGAGAGGCGGCUCCAGCAGAACCCUAACUUUUGGAAGAACUAGUC